CGUCGGCCCAAGCUUGUGUAUUAGACUUUAGUGUGUGUAUAAUGUAUAUGUGUGAUAAAAAUUGUAUGAUACUCUGAUCCUCUUCUCUCCUCCCUCCCAGAUCGUCCAUUUUUUAUAAUAGUGUUGGUUCAUGAUUGUUCUUUUUAAUUUUUUUUCCCAUACCGAUUUGCUAUAGGCGUUUGACGCUGUGUUAAUGUCACUGGCCGACGGCGGCGUAACAUAAUCAGUCUGUGCGUGCGUUUUCUAUUUACUUCUAGUUGGUUUUUACAGCUAACAUCAUUUACUAUUCGCUUCCAUUAACGAUUCAAACUUGUUCCGCAUUGAUUGUCGUUGCGUGUGGGCACAAUGACGUCGAAUGCUGCCGUCAACAGUAACAAUAGCAACAGCAACGGGGAUCAGCAAAAAAAAGCUGUCGAUCCUGCGGAACAAACGAUAUUAGUUAUCGAGCAUAAGAUAAGAAAUUUGGAAAAGCGAAAGAUUAAAUUAGAAGGAUAUCUUCAACAACAACGAGAAGGAAUACAACUUAGUGAUGAUCAAUUAGUAGCUGCAUCAAAGUUUAAUGAAGUUCUUAGUACAUUAGAAUUUGCAAGAAAUUUAAAAAAACAACUGAAUUCUAUUUAUACGUCAUCUAAACAAAAGAAAAUUAAUGUAGUGGAAGAGAAGUCAGAACAAAGACCAAUUAAAUUUGACAAUAUUAUAAAAGAAGUUUUGAUUUUCCAGAACAUUUUACAGAAUAUCAAAGACGAAAAAGUAAAAAAUGACUUAUUGUUAGGUGAAAAUGGAGCAGUUCAACUCUCUGAAACAGACCUUUUAAAACUUGUUCUUUUUGCUAAAUUGACAUCCCCGAAACGUCAAGUAGAAGAAGGUCGGCCACUUUUUGAGGAUCAGCUUAAGACUGUAACCAAGCAUUAUGUUAAACUAAUAGAAAGCAAACCAAAUCGUAUAGCAGGUACAAGCUAUGCAAAUAUAAGAGAAUCUUUAUUGAAGAUAGAAAAUAGUGGAUAUCUUGAUCAAGUAGUAAAAAAAUUAGACAAUGAAAUAGCUUCAAAUAAUGAUAUUAAUAAUACUGAAACAAAUGUGCCUCAGGAUUUAAGUCAACCAACAAACUCUAUUGAUAAUGUUCCUUCAAAUAGCUCAACAGAGUUCAUUGCUGAUAAAAUCGAAACAAUAUACUUUACUAAUAAUAACCUAUGUGGGAAUAAUGUUGAACAACAACCUAUUCAAUCCAAUAAUGUUGUUGAUCCUGUAUUCAACACUUCUUUUGAUUUUUUACAAGAUUCUCAACUAGAAGAAGAACACUCCAGUGAGAAUUUGCAUUCCAUCCCCACUCAGACUUUUUCAUCUUCUGCUUACAACAGUAAUAGACCAGCAGAUGAAGCGAUAUUAAAAAUUCUUGCAACUCCACCUCAGACAAGAGUACCGCCUGCUGCUGGUUCUUACAAUGACACGAAACUAAAUCCUGCUGAAAAUGUAGUGAAUGCUCCAAGUUCUUGGGUAGAGCAACCAGAAACAAAUUGGCAAAAUAGAGCAUCAGUAGUCACUGGUGAUACUAAUAGUUUACCUAGGGAAAAUUGGCCCAUGGCGCAAAUGAUUGCUAACAAUAGGAGUAAUAAUGACUGGGCCAUUAAAAAUAAUUGGGUGCAGAUGGCUGAAGCUGAUAAUUUAGAACAACAACAGAAGCAGCAGCAACAGAUAGAGCAAGUACCUAAACCAACUCCACCGUCACAACAAAAUACCUCUUCUAACUUCGGUGUAGUUACUAAUGGAUACCAAGAGAAUCUCAAUGAAAUAUUACAAAAAACUGUGGUAUUUAGCAAGCAAGAGCAACAACAAUAUCCUGUUACUACAUCAUCUAAUAAUUCCUCAUUCUAUCAAAAUAAUUAUAGUCAACAACCACAGGAGCAAACUAUUGGUCAGUACAAUAAUUCUAAUAAUUAUGAAAGAAGCAGCCAUCCUAAUGAUUUCAACAAAAGACCAGCUCCAUUAAGAUCUAGAACACAGUAUUCAGGAGGAGAAGGUGGUGGAUCAGCUCGUGGUUACCAACAAGGCAAUACUUAUGUUUAUAAUAAUCGUUCAUUCAAAAAUAGUAAUUAUUCCAAUAAUGAUUACUCUCGUACUUCAAGACAAACAUAAGGAAUCAAUUUUUCCUAUUCAUCAUUACAUCUAAUUAAGAAAAUAGAAAAGUGGCUUAAUUAUUUCAUUGUUUUUAUUUUUCAAUUUUAAGUUUUACAUUGUUCUUUAAAGUAUCAUUUAUUUUUAUAAUCAUGUAAACCGUUGCAUUUCAUUAGUCAUAAUUAAUUUCUCAAAAGUUACUUUAAAAUUCAUUGCACCUAAAAAUUCAUUACAUUUGAUAUCUAAAAAAAAUUAAGUUUACUUAAAAGUUUUAAAACUGUAAUUUUAACAAGAUUCAAAUUACAGUUAAGUAUAUUGUAUGGUAAACCAACAAUAUUUCCUUAAUAUUUUUUUUUUCUUAAUAUUUAAUUCAAUUGCUGGGAUGUGGUGAUUCUAUUAGCAUACUAUGUCUAGGUGGUGGUAAAAAAUGUAUGUUUCUUCUUUAUAUUCAAAAAUAUGUUCUUUUUUAUGAUAAAUUUGUUUUGUUUUCUUAUUACAAUUUUUAUAAAUGUAUCAGCAUUCACACAUUUUACCGUCCGCAAAUUAAUGAAAAUCAUUGAUUAUAUAUGAAAGAAAUAUGUGUAAUCAAAAUAGAUAUUUCAGUUACUCUAUAAUACCAUUUACUGAACACUUUAUACUGAAUUACUUAUAUAAAUAUUA